AUGGCGAGCGGCAAGGACGAGUCAGUUACGACGGGAACUUGGGCGCCCGAGGAUGCGGAGGCCUACGCUAAGAAGGUUGCUGAGGCCAUCAAGGCCGAUGUUCGGUGAGAGACGAAAAAGUAUGGUGGUGCCUGUCUCUGCCCACCUUCCCUCUUUCCUUCUCGCGCCAUUGUCGAGAAAGAGGAGACGAAUCAAAACCUCGUUGCUAAAAAGCGUGUUCGCGAAAUAGAGGCAGUUGUUCCCUGUGGGCGGGUACGCAGCGGAGCAAACAGAUCGAUGGGU